UUAGUAAGGACUAAUAUAUCAGUUAGUAUAUAUUAAUAUAUAUAGGUUUUCAAAUGUCCACAGUGGAUUGUUUUUGUGGUUCAGGGAACUCAGUGCUGCUCUAUUAUAUUUUAGUGUGGCUUUUUUAGCAUAGGUUACAGUAUGAGAUCACAUUAUCAACAAUAAUAUUGUGGCACUGCUGGUUAGUCAGCAAAUCAGAGCAAGUUUGAAUUGAUUAGUUAGGACUAUAAAUGUGUGUGAAUGGGGGUAUUCAUAGUGUUUUAAGGUAUAUGUUUUGAUGUAAUAUUGCAGUAUUACCAUUGCUGAAAUUUAUAGUCCAUUCAAGCUGUUGCUAUAGGCCUACUUGCAUGAUAAUUGCUAUAGAUUUAUAGAAGCAGAACUGCGCCUCUCUUCUUUAACAUAUUCAGAAUCAGUUUAUUUUCAUUAUAUUUCCUAUAAUUUUAUGCAAUGGUGGUGUACACAAAUUCUGUACAGUACAGACACCCUGAUGAAUUAUUACUCCAGUAAAAGUAUUCCUUCUAAAAUUAGUUCAGAGAAUAUUCAAAAAUAACAUUUUCCUAACUCAAUGAAAAAGUUAGCAAAAUGUUCUUAGAAUAUUUUUGUUAGCUCAGGAAAACUAUUUUUUUUUAUUUUUUAUUUUUUUUUUAAAGAUUUUCCUUUCUCUUAGAAGACUUUUUGUUCCCACGAGAAACUUUAAGUUUCUCGGAGGAACACAUUGCGAGCAGCUCAUUUUUUUUCCAUCACCAUGUCCCCUUAGGCACCGUACUGUCUUGCAGUAGGCCUUUUCUCACAGCAAAAGUAGUUUAAUUUGUGGCUUGAGGUAUUUUCGCCUAAUCCUGAGUACGGGAGUAUUUAAACAGCUUCUGAGGGAAAGGCAUGGCUAGUCCAGAUACAGGGAAACAAGCCUGGCUGUCUCACUCACUCCCUCAAACAAUCACACACAUCUACCUGGGCACCAUGAUCUUCCUAAUGGAUUUACAAGUGAUGCUGCUGGACGUAGUGUACUUCAUCCUGCGCUCUUGUCUGCGGAUCGUGCUGAGGCCACGUACGAAGCCCAUAGACGGCGAGUUGGUGCUAAUAACCGGCUCUGGAGGAGCGCUGGGCCGCCUGUUCGCCCUGGAGUUCUCGAAACACGGUGCAGAAGUGGUGCUGUGGGACAUCAACAGAGAAACUAAUGAGGAGACAGCCAAGAUGGUGAGGGCGCAAGGGGGCCAGGCACAUGCGUACACGGUGGACGUGACAAACCGGGAAGAAGUCUACCGCACAGCCGAGCAGGUACGGAAGGAGGUGGGAAGGGAUGUGACCUACUUGGUGAACAAUGCCGGGGUUGUGGCCGGUGAGAGACUCCUGGACUGCCCCGAUACCAUGGUGGAGAGGACGCUGAAAGUAAACUGCCACGCCCUCUUCUGGACUGUGAAGGCGUUCCUCCCUCAGAUGAAGGCCAAUAAUCAUGGCCACAUCAUCACUAUAGCCAGUGUCCUUGGACUCUUCAGCACAGCCUGUGUAGAGGAUUACUGUGCCAGUAAGUUUGCUGCGGUGGGGUUUCAUGAGUCUCUGGCCCACGAACUGUUGACAGAAGAGGACGUGGAUGGAGUGAAGACCACUCUUGUGUGCCCUUAUGUUGUGGACACUGGCAUGUUUGAUGGCUGCAGGAUUAGGGAAGAGGUUGAACUGAUCCUGCCUCCACUGGAGCCCUUGUACUGUGUACAGCAGGCUAUGAAUGCCAUUCUCAUAGACCAGCCACUAGUGUGCAUCCCCAGACUAACCUACCUGCCCUUCCUGGCCAGAGCCCUGUUUCCAUGGGAAUCCAAUGUGGUGACAUAUCGCUUUAUGGGUUCAGACCAGUGCAUGUACCCAUUCAUUGAGGCCAUGAGGAAGAAAAGAGCAGCCAAUGGACCAAUAAAGGCUGCUUAAACAUCUGGAACACUACAGAUUUGACUGGUCUUUUUUGAGCAGCAAAUAAUGUGUGAAAUAUUCUUUUUAAUGUUACUUAGUUUAUAUUAUUAUGGAUGUGUGGGUAAAUCAGUGUUUGAAGUGAAAUGGGUAUCUUCUGGUCCUCUAGGCCCAAUUCAGCUGUGAUGUGUUUUUCAGGCUGGCUAAUCAGUCAUGGGUGAGCUGUUCAGCAAACACUGAUAUGGUUCACAUCUGAAAUUUGUUUUUUAUGCAACUGGAUUGGGACUGGACAGAGCAAGUCGUUGGGCAUGAUACCUAUUUAAAUACUAUAUAUAUAUAUAUAUAUAUAUAUAUAUGAAUAUUUAACUCAAUGUGUGCAGAUGUUUUUUCCCCUUGGCUUUCAAUUAUAUUGAAAUCAAUAGCUUGUUGUACUUGAUCAUAAAAACAUAAAACAAAAUGCAAGUUCCACAUUCUUUUCACACACUCACGGUCAGUGUCGGAGGUAACACAUUAAAAGUAACAUGAGUUACGUAAUCAGAUUACUUUUUUCAAGUAACUAGUAAAGUAACGCAUUACUUUUUCAGUUUCAUUUUUCAAAUAAGUAAUGCAAGUUACUUUGUUUUCCCAUUUACUAACUGACUGCUCUCCUGUUCCUAUCCUGAGAGAAAUCGUAAGUGCAGAGGUGUUGUGUGCGCCGUGUAAACAUGAUGGCUAUUGUAGUUCUAGACUAAAUGUGAGCAUGCAUUUACUCAUCUCACUUGCACAAAAACAGAUUCAGUAUUCCUCAAAAUGGAUGAACGAAACGCAAACUCAGAAUAUUACUCAUCUGCAAUAAUUAAUGUUAAAUUACACGUAUAUUUUUUCCCCUGGUUACACAGACAAGGCUUAAGCUAGUCCUAGAAUCUUAAAAUAUGUCAAUGCCAUUGUUUUGUCUCAAGAUGCACACCAGUAAUGUUUUAUUCUAGGGUACGUUUAUAAAAGAUACUUAAAUGCCCUAAUUGAACUAAGGCCUAAUCCUGGCUUAGGCUAAACCCUGUCUGUGAAACCAGGGGCCUGUACCAUGAUGGUAGUUGAACAAACUCAGGGUUAUAGGAUUAGUUUCAAGUUGACAAAACCAAACCACUCCAAUCCGGCUUUGUUGGUACCAUGAUGCUGAUCAUCAACUUUCUCUGUCAACUCAGGCUUUGAUCCUGAGUUUGUGGAGCGCGUGCACAUGAAUGCGUGACAUCAGUGGCAAACAGCCAAUCACAUGCCUUGCAACAGAAAGAAACUGAUUUACUUCUCGCGAGAGAGUCAACGCGAUUCAAAACUCUUUUGCUGAAGAAAAUGAAGAAUUUAAACACAUUUACACUAAAGAAGAAACUUGUCCAUGAAAAAGGACAAAUAAAAGAAAUUAUCUUGCUCUAUCAGAGCAAGUGAAAAUUGUCAAGUAUUUAUAUAGUUUAUUACAUACAGCAAUAGAGACUCAAACAUGUAAGGUUAUGUAGUCAUUUUUAAAGAGUUAUCUGUUGCUGGCUCUCUCACGAGAAGUGAAUCAGAGUUUCUCUCUGUUGCAAGGCAUGUGAUUGGCUGUUCACCACUGAUGUCACGCAUUCAUGUGCACACGCUCCACAAACUCAGGAUCAAAGCCUGAGUUGACAGAGAAAGUUGAUGAUCAGCAUCAUGGUACCAACAAAGCCGGAUUGGAGUGGUUUGGUUUUGUCAACUCGAAACUAAUCCUAUAACCCUGAGUUUGUUCAACUACCAUCAUGGUACAGGCCCCAGGCCUUUAUGUAUUUAAAUCUCACUUUAACUAAACAUUGUCUUUUCUGCUGACUUUCAACGUUCCAAUUCAAUCAUACUAAUAAGCAAAAAUGUCUUGUUAAACAUCACAUUUGAAUUAAUUAUUAUUUUUUUUUUUUUUAUUGCUUAAGUAAGAGUGUUGAACUUUCUUCUCUUGCGUCCUAAUCUUCUGCAAUUCAGAAUAGCAGCACAGCUGAAAGAUUUGUUUGAGCUGCGCCCUCUACUGUGUGAAUUUGCAUUUCCUUCUGCCUGAGGCUUAUUCAUUUCAGUUUUGGUGUGAAAGGACCUUUAACAUUUGCCAAAAAUGAACUUUUUUUUUUUUUAAAAACAAACAAACAAACAAGCCCAGCCUAGAUGAGAAAAAGUAAUUUAACACAUUGCUUCCCAUAAAAAGUAACUAAGUAAUGUUAAAUGAUGUUAAAAAUCUUUUUUAAGGGAGUAACUCAAUAUUGUAAUACAUUACUUUUAAAAGUAACUUUCCUCAACACUGCUCACUCUUGGCCCUAUUUAUACAGAAUGCCCAGACUAUUUACAUUACUUUUACCAGUAAUUUUUGAUUUCUCUUAGUUAAAAAAAAACAAACUACCAACAUUUAACUGAAAUUGUACUCAAAUUUCAAUUUUAAAAUUCCCAGCAAACUUCCCUGGCUUGCUUGCCUGGUUUUCCAUGACCAUGAGAUCCCGGAUUAUAGCAUUUACAGAACACGCGCACACAGUUUUUUUUUGUGCAAGAGGCACAUCAUUUUUACUCAUAUUCCAUGAGGAAAACAGGAUGCAACUGGCAGAGAGUGGGUGGGGUCAACACUGACAGGAGAAUGCAUCAGUUUAACUGACAUGACUGAACAUCAUCGUGCUUUAUACAUACAUUCACUCACUCACACAUACAAAACAAAAAAACACCACCACACGCUCUACACUGAAGUCACAAUAACAUUUUCCCAGACCUACAUGAAAAUGUAGAUGAAAUUUUUUUUUUUUUUUUGAGAGCGUUAUGGUCGUCAUUGCAACUCAAAAAGCACUGGAGAAAAACCGCCACAGCAGAGACAUGUUCGAGAGCUUCAUCAUAUCCUUCAACGGGGUUUUAUACUGCACUUCACAAUAGCGCUAAUACAACCCAACGCGCUGGGUUCCUAUAAUACAACGUUAAAAAUAAAAUAGAAAAAUAAAAGCGAGAAAAAAAAAAAAAAA